AUGGCAGAACGAAACAUAUACUUAAGCCCAUUUGACUCUGAAAAGCCAAAACUCAGUGCAUAAACUCAAAGUUUGGAAGAUGUAACAAAAGAAUAUGGACCAAUUAAGCCUUACAAUUAUAAUUGCCAAUUAGAUUAAUAUAAUGUGAAAUUAUGUGGAGUAAUAUUUGAUGCUAUAGGAGGACCAGAUUUUAUCUUGAGGAACGAUAAUGUGGAAAGCAAAAUCAAUACUAUAGAAUGA